AUGGCUGUGCAUCCAGAAGACAAAUGUGCGGAACUGCCUGAACCAGGAUCCGUUAGGGAUAAGAUUGGAAUGUUUACAGCACACUCUGAUGAUAAGAGGAGCUUACAGCCCCCUUCUGGAAGGGAACGAGGAAGUGUAGCCGCUUCCACGUCGCGGAGUCCUCAGCCAGCCGCUGGGCCCGGUACAACCCAGAGGCCUCCAGUACCAAAGAAAAAGCCCUCGUUACUGGCAGACAUGGGCGCAAGGCCUGGGUUCAAUCAACCGAGGUCGCAAGAAAGCUGCGAUUCAGGAACCACUGACGUGCUGGCACGCAAACCUGUUCGCAGCAUGACGGCAGGCAAUGGUAUGCCGGAGGGACCGCAGCAAACUAAUAAAGAGAUGACGAUCAGGAGUGCCUCGAUUCCUGCCCGAAAACCUGUGCCAGCACCGCCAUCUUUCGGACCUCCCAAUACUGCACAGGUGCCGAUUACAAGAGUUCGACCCAGUCCCCCUCCACCCCGGAAAGGGGGAGCGACCCCCGUUUCCAAGAUCACCAGUCUCGGUGAAGUGAAGACUGGAGAAAUAUCUCGGAGUUCUCAAGCUUCCGCAAACUCCAAAAAUGGACCUGCGGUCGGUGCAGAGCCCAGACCAAAGCUGCCCCCUCGGCCUGAAGCGUUGUCUACGAGUCAAAGCCCUCUAAAAAGCCAUCGUAUCUUGUUAAAUGAACACGACAUCCGCAAAGGCUCAAUGUCUCCUAGCUCAGCCUCUACCUACAGUCCAUUGCAGCAGAAUGGCAGCAGCUCGAGUCUCCUCGACCAGUCUAGUGGCCUGGAUGAGGAGGCACUUUCGAAUGCGAUUGUAGCAUCGUCAUUGGCGUCGGCGAAAGCGCUAUCAACCAAGAAGGUGCCACCACCGCCUCCGCCACAGCGCCAGCCGAGAUCCCGUUCGAUUUUGCCUUUACACUCGACUAAGUAUGAUUCUCCGAAUGACUCUAGUCCGACCCCUAGCUUGCGAACGACACUGCGAACGCCAACCAAGGCCGAUGAAGAUCAGCAUGACCAUCAUAGGCAUAGGAAGCAUAUUAUCCCUAAACACCCUCACAAACACCACGAAGGGGAUCGGAAGCGAUGGCAGAGCGAAGUAACCGAGAAGGAACGCAAGAGAUACGAGGGCGUCUGGGCUGCAAACAAAGGCUAUCUCAUUCCUAUUAGCAAUCCGGGCAACGCAUCCUCGAAGCAAGAAGAUCCCCGCAGCGCAUAUCCUCCUAGUGCUUCUGAGAUGGUAUUGAACAUCGUUGUUCGAGACAUAUGGUCUCGAAGUAGGUUACCGGCACCGAUUCUAUCGCAGAUUUGGGAUCUGGUCGAUCGCCAGAAAAUCGGACUUCUGACAAGAGAGGAAUUUGUCGUCGGUAUGUGGCUCAUUGACCAACAACUGAAGGGUCACAAACUUCCCACCAAGGUGCCAAACAGUGUCUGGGACAGUGUACGGGGUGUAUCCGGCAUCAAGCUACCCAAGUUUCCAGUUUGA